GUUACAUCUGUUGUCCGUUUGCUUUGUCUAUAUAAAGCUAACACAUCGAGAAUUGCAUGGGAGACAACUAUGAGAUUCUACGGAAAAUGCUUUUACCUUGGAUUGUUGCCCUUGCAGGAUUAACUGUUACCACAAUAGUUGCAGAGAGAGAAGAAUAUGUUUAUGAAUACAACACACAAAUUCUAACUGGCCUUCCUCUUCAUUCUUCCAUUCAUUCUGGUUAUCGCGUGAAUGCCAUUGCACGUGUCCAGUUUUCAACAAAGAGUAAAGUUAAUGUUCAAUUAGAGAACAUUAGGCUGUACAACAUUAGACAACCCAUUACACAAAUUGAGGCACAUGAAAAUUUAAUCCCUGAAGAAUAUUUAAAAGAAUUGACAGGCUCUGAAAGUACAGUGAUUGUUGAGUCUCUGACAACACCAUUUGGAUUUGAUUAUGAAAAUGGUCAAGUUAAGAGGGCUUUAUUGGCUAAAAAAGAAAUGGAGUGGUCUGCCAAUGCGAAGAGAGGAUUUGUUUCCCUGUUUGAAAUCAAGCUUAAAACGAAAAGGCUACUGGAAGAUAGACAGCUACUAGCUGGUGAAGAUAAGUCUUAUACCAGCUCUUAUAAAGUUUUAGAGACAUCAGCUGCUGGUAUCUGUUCCACACUGUACACUACUGAAUGUUUGUCAGGAAAUUGCUCAAGACAACAUGUAACUAAAGUUCGCGACUACACACAAUGCCUUGAGAGACCAGUCUACCUUCAAACAAAGUAUGAUGGUUUCUUCCCCAUUGGCCAUUCAAAGGACAACCCUUUGACGACUGGGGCUGUUGUGAAAUAUUUGAUUGAAGUCUACAGAGGAAAACCAACCAUUUUGUCUGCUGUGGCUGAAAAUAGAAUUGUUUUCUCCCCUUACCUAAACAAAGGAUCAGUUACUACCACUGUGAAUCAAACCCUGUCCCUGAUUCAAGUCAAGAAGUCUGCCAUUGAUAUACCAGAUGUUUUUAGUUUGAAAGUAUCAUUGAUUAUGUCACUGCCAAGCAAAUCAGUCGACUGCCAAGAUCCCUUUGAGCUAUCUAAAAAGAGCUGUAAGGAACCUGAUUUAGAAGUCUACUCCGUGGAUGCUAUUAUUUCCCAGCUUAAACAAGCAGCAGACAACAAUUUAAACAUUGCUUCCAGAGAGUCUUUGGUACACCUAGGAGUUGUGGUUGAAAUGCUUAGUGUUAGUCCAAGAACUGUUAUCAAAUCUCUAUGGGAGAAACUCACACACUCUCUUAAUCAAACAGAACAACAUGCUAGAAAAAUUUUAUUUAAUGUUUUGCCCCAUGUUGGAACUGAGGCUGCUGUGAAUCAGGUUUUAGAUAUUUGUUCACAAGACCUUGACUUUGAGAAAUGUGCUAUAGCUUUCAACAUAUUAACACUAAAGGCUACACCCACUGAAACAUUAAUCAACAAGUUCAUAAGUUUGGUUAAACAGCAAGAUAAGAUGUCUCCAGUUAUGAAGCAAACAGCUUACCUAAGUCUAGGCUCUCUAGGAUAUAAACUUGCUCAAGCAAAAAAUAGACAACUUAAAGAGUUAAUGAAAAUUGAGCAACUGAUGCUGACUCUGCAAACUGAGAACAGUGAAGCCCUGGUUCAGAAGAAAAGAGAAGUUGAAGAAAAGCGUUACAAAAUUGUCAACAGUUUUGACAAACUCGGAAAAAAUAUUGUUGAUACAAUCAAUGAAUUGGUUGUAAGUGGUUCAAAACAUAGCAAGAUAUUGGGCCUAAAAGCUUUGAGCAAUUCAGGACUUCCUCAUGCUGUUCCAAUUUUCAAUAAAAUUCUGGCCAAUCAUGAACCGCACCUGUAUUUUCGUAUUCUUGCUGUUUUGGGACACAGAAGAAUGUAUUUUGACAGGACUGUGAGGGAAGAAUCUUUGAAAACUUUGCUGGCAGUCUAUAAUGACAAGACGGAGGUGAAUGAGGUCCGCAGCUGGGCUUUCAUAACGUUGAUGCAACUCCAUCCAGAACUUCCUGUCAUUCAGACUAUUGCUAGAAAUUUAAACUCAGAAAAGGAUGCUUAUGUUUCUGGUUUGGUUCUUAGCUAUUUGUCUUCUCAUGCUAACACAACAUUUUAUCCAUUUACUACAUUUGUCAAAAACUGUUCUGAUGCCCUCAAGUUUGCUCCAAGGUCAAAUCUAAAUUAUCAGCGAUCUUUUACAAACCUUGUGACCAAAAUGUAUGAUAGUGCUAAAAUUGGCAAAGUCCUGAGUGUCACUUCCAUAGGAUCAAUGAAUCGGUUUGAGAGUUGGUCAUUCAAUCUGGACACAUAUGUCUUUGGACUUUACAGCAAUUUCCUUGAGGUUGGCAUUAAUUCUAUGGAAGUAAGCCAGUUUCUUAACAAACUAUUUGGCCCACAAGGUCUACUAACAAUGAAUAAAUCAAUCUUUGACAUGUUGAAACGGAACAAGAAAAGUACAUCACCUCAAGAAAUGAUUGAAGAUAUAUUUAAAGUUCUUAAAAUCCAAUCUAGAAAGGGUGGAAUGCCUGCUGCACAUCUAUACCUGAGAGUGAUGGGUCAUGAACUGAGAUAUCUGGAUCUGUCUGAAUAUAUCAGCUCUCUCAUGGCGAAUGGCAAAAUGUCCAUUUACAACAACUCAAGUAGUGUCUUCCCAAGUCUUCCACUAGAUGUCAAGACCAUGUACUACUUAAUGAACACAAAGAUGACCCUCCCAACUGAGGCUGGCUACCCUGUGUCUUUAAAACUUAAAGUCUCAAAAACCUUAAAUGUAAAGGGUUCUGUGUCCUUGUCUGUUGAGCCCAGCAUUUUUGAGGAUGAAAGGAUGGGUUGGCCACCGAAGAAAGUUUCUGCAUCACUUGACUUUAGACCUAAAGGUGUCAUGGAAAUUUAUGGAUCUAUGGGACUAGAUGCACAUUAUAUGAAACGAGUAGCAUCAUUUCGUGCACUUGUAGAGUUUGCUAUGCCCAUUCAGAAAAACAUUUCUUAUGAUCUAUCUGCUAGAAAGUUUAAAUUAGUCAGCAUUGUCCCAGAGCUUAAUAAACCUUUAGUAAAGUUUUUGAUACAACAAUAUGCUGAGUCAGUGACUUUAACAAAUAACUUUACUGCAACACAUGUUGAUCAGCUACCUUUGUGUGCUCACAAAGUUAUCCCAAUAAACAAGUUCUAUGAUUUAAAUGUCCUGGGCUACAAAGUUGGAUUUGUUGGACAACUUCCAUAUCAGUUUGACUGGCAGAACCCACUCCACAUCAUGGGUGGUAAGACAUACAUCAGGCUAAUGAAGAAGCCCAUGAAAGAUAGUCCUAAAGUGGUCACUCUUACUGGUCAGUUAGUCUUCCCAUUAGAGAUCAAUUCUGCUGCUCAGAAUUUCUCCAGAGAUGAGGUGAACCAGAGAGUUCCAAUAAGUAAAGUGACCAACUCUUUUAACCAAGAAGAGACUUCUUAUAGCGACCCAGUGGACCUGGAUAAAGAAGCUAUCUCCAUGCAUCAGUUAAUCAAUAAAUUUGAAGAUGUCACAGAAAGAACAACCAUUCCUCUGCAUCAUGUACCUGAAACACGAGGCAUUAUUUUAAGCCUAGAUGCAAGUACUCACAAAACAGUCAGAAAAAGUCAAGUAGAAGCUCUAUGGAGUAGAUUAGAUAAUGGACGAAUAGCUUCAGCUUUUAUCAGACUUUGGAAAUCUCCAAUGCCAGAUUAUACACCAAAAGAAUGGCAGAUGGUGACAGAAUUUAGAAAGACUUACCCAGUUAAGGUUCAUGAGCCCAAAGACACACUCUCAGCUACUUGGCAAAAAGAAAUUUUAAGAGAUCUGCAAUAUUCAGUUAGCAAGAGCUCUCAUCAGGCUUCUAAUUAUCUUCUUCAUUCAACACUUCUGAGUGAAAUCAAUGAGUUGAAUUAUCCUGCAAUGAUGAGGACACCAACUUCCAGAUUAUUAGAUAAUCUAGUUCCAGAACAGUUGUACAUGGUCAUGGAUAAAGUGGAAGUUUCUAAAAAUAGGUGGCAGAAAUACUGGGCCAAGCUUGUUUCUCUACAUGAAAAAGUUAAUGAGGAAAAGAAGCGCUUAGUUGAUCCUGAUGACUCGAAGCGUGACUCCAACAUUUUGUGCUAUAUAAAUAAAGUCCUGAAGAUACAGUCAACUAUGAACUUUGACCUUGAUGAAAUCAUUAAAGAGAAAUCUGUUCAUUGUUCAGAGCUGCCUAUAAUUCAAUGGAUUCAUUUCUACUAUACAACUAUGAUCAACGAUCUCACUGAACUUAUUCCUGGAUAUAUUACUAAAAAUAUUGUUUUAACACAAGUUCAAAACAUUCAGAACUUGAUGAAACAAGCCAAAGAAAACCAGGAGUCCAUAAUUAAAAAAAUGAAACAAGUCUUCACAUUGACUUUGUCUGACAAUGAAGAGAAACAGAUUAAGGAAAAGGGAAACAAUUUUGAAAUGUAUAAAGAUUAUGAUGUGGAUCAGAAUGCUGAAACAGAUGCUCUCUAUCAAGUCCUGGCACAGCUGUCAUUAUUUCAACUAGAGGUUAUUGAAACACUUCAAAAGUAUAACUCAAGGCAACAGAGCUGUGAUAUAGAGUUGAUCAAAUGUUUGACAAGUGAAACCCGUAACAACAUCACUUUCUUUGAUCAGAUUUGGAAAGACACGCCAAUCUAUGCUAACAAUGUCAUUGAUACAAUGUUACUGGUAACAAUUCAAAAUGAGCUCAUCAUUCACCUUUUGAAUGUCAACUCAAAGUUAAGUCUGAACACACCAAUCACAAAGUCAAAAGAAGACACUGCUAAAGCCAACAGUGAAAGUUUCAAUCUCAAGAUUGAAAGCUUAGACCUUGGUCAACGUGUUUCAAGUUUAAAUAAGCAAAGGAUGUUGCUAGAUGUUACAUCUGCUUCUUUAAGUGAACAAGAACUGCCCAUUUACAAUGAAUUGAAAAGCAUAUAUAGAAAGUUAAUGGUUGAUCGAAGAAUAUUUGAAGUUAAUUUUGCAUACAACAAAUGGACUCAUCAUGAUGCAGAUGUUUCUGAAACGGAAGUCAAUAAAUUGCUUGUCAGUCUCAAUACAUACACAACUAAGCUGGCUGAAUUGCAAAAGAAUGUAAUUGACCUUGACAGUACUCCCAAUGUCUAUUUAGCAACAGAGUUUUUGGGUAUCAUAGGGUCACUUCGAACAACAGUUGAUUUUUGUCGUCCUACACUAAUGGCUGUCACUUCACCAAAGAAGAACAUUUGGAUUGAAAACUUUGAGGCUGUGUCUAACAACAUUCAACAACUUGCUUCUGUCAUGUCUCUUAUUUUUGACAAGUUUGUCACUAGAACUGAUGAAGACCAACAGACGCCUUUACUCUUCCACCCACUUGACCAAACAUAUCAGGAUAUUCAGAAGGUUACCUAUGACCAAGAUCUUUUGUAUGAAAGGCUCACAAGGCUUGUUCAAGACAAUGAUUCUGCUAAUUUCAAACUGCCACAGCUAAUCAGUGAAAUAGAAAGACUGCAAGAAUUACUAAAAAAAACAGAACCAUUCUUAUUGGAUCAUUUACAGCAUAAAACUACAACAUUGUCAUUUGUGUCCAGAUAUUUACAGGCAUUCAAGAAACAGAGAAAAAUAUAUCAAAUUAUUCAAACAACACUUGAGGAUAAGAAUGGUGAAGAUGAGAACAAAGUUCUUGCAAAAUUUAAUGAACUUGAAAAGCUACAUUCAAAAAUGGAAGUUCAAAUCAAUCAGCUUCUGUCUGAAAAGAAAUCUAGUAAUACAUAUCAGUCUGAGAACAAUGCUCACAAGAUGUCAGAUCCAGAUGAAGACACCCAUCCAGAUUUAUCUUCGGAUAACUUACCCACCUACUUCUCAGUAAUCACUGGCACUUUGAAUGUAUCCUGGGGUUAUACUAAGAGACUGGAGAAUCGUUUUGAAGUUCAGAUGAUAGCAACCAGAAGUGUCCAGCAACUGGUUCACCUUUACAAGCAGAUAGACUCAAAGGUCAGAAGUACAAAUGUAGAGAAUGCCAUCAAUGACCAGCUGGCUGGAGAGACCUGGAGAUAUGAGAAAGUGAUGAGAAGGAUGAACACCUACAACCAUCUGCACCUUACAGCUUUGUAUGACAAGAAAGUUCUACCACCCUGGAUGCUGCAACUUAGUCAGUGUCUCCAUGAGUCUCUCAAGUACUAUUACUGGAACCACUAUACACGACAUGAACCUAUUGAGUCAGUCAGCAGUGACAGAACAGAUGUCAUAGUUGAUUUAUCCAACUCUUAUAAAGAUAUGAACAUGUUUUUGAUGACUGGUGAAGAGACCAACAAAUUUCUUAACAUUCCUGCACCAUAUUUAUUGAACAAAUUGAAAUUUAAUCAAAACUACAAGACCAUCUAUGAUGAGCUGACUUCUUCUCUAUCAGGUGGUCAGACACCAGCCCAGUGUAUUAUUAGCCAAGAAAGUAUUAGAACUUUUGACCAAGUAACUUACCCUAUCCCAGACACCCUGGGAUCGUGUCGUGCUAUUUUAGCCAUGGAUUGUAGUGAUGAGAAGACAUUUGCUAUAAAUAUGAUUAGAGCCAACUCAAGCUCUAUGAGUAAUGCUUUUCAAUUAUUGUAUGAAAGCAUAGAGGUUGAGAUACAGCCAAGUAUUGUUGACAUUUUAGUCAAAGUGAAUGGAAACAUCAUUGAAUUAGAGGAGAACAAGCCAGUCAGCUUUACAAAACUUCUUCAGUACCAGAGGACUGAAAAAUACUUGAUCAUAACUAAAAAAGAUCUUGGAGUUCAUUUCUCAUUACCAUUGGCAGGCAUUUCUGUUCAUAUGGACAGUUUACUUUUGAAAAUUCAGGUUUCUGAGUUGUUCAAGGGAAGACUGUGUGGCCUGUGUGGUAACUUUGAUUACCAGGUGUCAUGGGAGUAUGAAGGACCUUCUUAUGAAAUCUACAGAACACCAAAAUCUUUCACCUAUGCAUAUGUAUUACCUGACCAAACAUGCCCUAUUCCUAAAGAUUAUAAAUCUGAUGUUGAGUAUUAUCCACCUGAAAAAAUUGUGGACUUAUCUCAAGGCAUAAAAAGACUAAAGAUAAAUAAACAAUUAAGUAACAAAAGCAAAGUUAAAAAAUUCAAAAGCAGAAAAUCAAAAAUUAUUCAAAAACUAUUCAAAAACUAGCAAACCUCAACCCCAUCUGAGGGAAGAAAAAUAUGAGCUAAUGAAGAUAACAUCAUUUUGGUAUGUAAAGAUGAUGUUACAUAAGCCUUCACAUUGGACCUUCAAGAAAGAAAACUUGUUAAAAAUAUAACAAUAAUAUAACAAUUUUAAUUCAAACCAAGCCCAUUUAUUAUUUCUUUUAUUAUGUUUUUUUCUAUUUGAAAUUAUUUCCUAUGUUGGAUUUAUUGUUUGAAACAAAAGGUUUCAGUGAUUAAAAAAAAUGAAAUUUCUAUAUAGACAAAUGUAGACUUCAAUGUACAUUUAUUGUAUAGUGUUUUUACUUAUAAUAUGAAGAAUAACAUCAUUAUUUUGUAGAUUAUUUGUUAUCUUGUUACUUUUUAUUAUUAUGUGACUUUUAAUUUUUUUUAAGCUAUUUUUUUUCUUUCAUUUGAAUAAAUGAUUUUCUAUAAUAUUAUAGAAAAAACAAAAAAGUAUGCCUGCACCAACUGUUAUUAGUAUGACUGUUAUUGCUGAACUUGUUUGCUAUUAAAAAAAAUAAUUAAAUAUCUUUUGAGUUUUGCCUAA